AUUUAAAAGCGAUGAGUAAUAAUAAUUCACAUACUGUAAGACAAUUUUCAAUAUCAUACGAUGGAUGAGGAAAAUCGCAGUAAUCCAUACGAUUCAGCUGGUGUGUUUUCUCGAAUUUUUUUCUGCUGGCUGUUUCCAUUAUUAUUGAAAGGAAGAAAAAGACCUUUGCAAGAGAACGAUUUAUAUGCAACUUCAAAGUAUCACUCCUCACAAUAUCUUGGGGAUCUUCUUCAGAAGGAAUGGGACAAAGAAAUAAAACUGGAAAAUCCAAGUUUGACGAAAGCCUUAUUAAGGUUUAUAGGAUGGAAAUAUAUGCUGUUAUGUCUACUUCCAGUUAUUCAGGAAGCUGUUUUAGUCCCUGUUCAAGCGUAUGUUUUAGGAUUGUUAGUAAAUUAUUUUGAUCAUGCAGAAGAAAAUAACAAACUACCCAUGUAUAUAACCAUAGUAGCAUUUUAUAUUUUAGCAGGGGUGUUUUUAUUAACAUUUCUUACUCAUCUUAUUAUAUCAGAAAUGUUAGGCAUGAAGAUAAAAAUAGCUUUUUCCACAGUAAUAUACAAAAAGGCAAUUCGAUUAAGUUCUUCGUCUUUGGCGAAAUCGAAUAUUGGCCAAAUGGUUAGUCUUCUUGCUAAUGAUGUCACCAAAUUUUAUUAUAGUACUAUGUAUUGCUGGCUGUUUCCAUUAUUAUUGAAAGGAAGAAAAAGACCUUUGCAAGAGAACGAUUUAUAUGCAACUUCAAAGUAUCACUCCUCACAAUAUCUUGGGGAUCUUCUUCAGAAGGAAUGGGACAAAGAAAUAAAACUGGAAAAUCCAAGUUUGACGAAAGCCUUAUUAAGGUUUAUAGGAUGGAAAUAUAUGCUGUUAUGUCUACUUCCAGUUAUUCAGGAAGCUGUUUUAGUCCCUGUUCAAGCGUAUGUUUUAGGAUUGUUAGUAAAUUAUUUUGAUCAUGCAGAAGAAAAUAACAAACUACCCAUGUAUAUAACCAUAGUAGCAUUUUAUAUUUUAGCAGGGGUGUUUUUAUUAACAUUUCUUACUCAUCUUAUUAUAUCAGAAAUGUUAGGCAUGAAGAUAAAAAUAGCUUUUUCCACAGUAAUAUACAAAAAGGCAAUUCGAUUAAGUUCUUCGUCUUUGGCGAAAUCGAAUAUUGGCCAAAUGGUUAGUCUUCUUGCUAAUGAUGUCACCAAAUUUUAUUAUAAUAUAUUUUCUUUAGCGUACGUCUUUGCCGAUCCUCUUAUAAUCAUUGCUGUAGUGGCUAUAUUAUGGCAGUAUUUCGGUUGGACUGUUUUAGUUGGAAUUUCAACAAUAUUUAUUUUUGUUCCCAUACAACUUAUAUUGGGAAAAGUGUAUUCAAAACUGAGAUUACAGAUAGCUAAAGCAGGAGACGAAAGGCUGAACCUACUUAACGAGAUGAUUGCUGGUAUGAGAUUAAUUAAAAUGUACACUUGGGAGAAGCCGUUUACUUUAUUAAUAGAGAAAGCCAGAAAGAGAGAAAUAAGGAAAGUGAAAAGGUCUUUGUAUCUUCGUGGAAUAGCUCAAGCAUUGUCAUAUUCUUUCUCCAAAUUAUUCUCUUGCCUUACUUUCCUGACUUUUUUCUUUUAUGGAGGUCAUUUAACUGCCCAAAUUGUAUUCGUCAAUAUGAGUUUAUCAAUUUGCCUCUUCCGCAGUAUUUUCUACAUGUUUUCGAUUGCUGUCACUCAAUUUGCAGAUAAUCUUACAUCAAUAAAGAGAUUACAAACAUCUUUGUUGAUGACAAUCUUGGGAGAAAUUCCUAUUUGUUCUGGAAAAGUAAUAGUAAAUGGAAAAAUCGCUUAUGCCUCCCAAGAAGCCUGGUUAUUCAACGGUACUAUCAGGGAAAAUAUAUUGUUUGGCGGCGAAUAUCGAGAAGAUAAAUAUAAUGAAGUUUUAUAUAUAACAGCACUCGAAAAGGAUAUUAGUUUAUUUCCUAAAGGAGAUCUGACACGCGUAGGAGAAAGAGGGACCACAAUGAGUGGUGGCCAAAAAGCUCGAAUUAAUCUAGCAAGGGCAUUGUAUCGGGAUGCCGACAUAUUUAUUCUAGACGAUCCGUUAAGUGCUGUUGACACGCCGGUAGCAAAACACAUAUUCGAAAAGUGUAUAAUGAAAUAUUUAUCAAAUAAAAUAUGUAUUCUUGUUACGCACCAAAUUCAUUUCUUACAAUACGCAACCAAAAUUUUAGUAUUAAAACAGGGAAACUGUGCAGCGUUGGGCGACUACAACAAAAUCAUGAACUCGGAAAUCAACUUGGGAAUUUCGGCAAACGAUGAAAAAUAUACUCAAAAAGAGAUGGCUGAAGAAGAAUUACUUAAUACAAAAGAUGUAGAUAUUUUUCAUAGCGUUGAAAUUGAAAACACCGCCAAUCACGUGAAUUUACACAUUUCAUUUAUUUUAAAAAAGCAUCAGUUAUAUCAAAGACAUUCGUCCUACUUAUUCAAUAGCACGAUUAAAGAUGAAACGGCGUUUAUUGAUACAAAAAAUAUAGAAAACUUUACACUAGCAGUAAACAACAGCAACGAAACCGGGGGUGAAGAUUUUCUUCAUAGACGUGAAAUUAACGUUUAUGUUUAUGUUGGACUGAUAUUCGGAUUGUUAGUCGUGACUUUUAUUUCCGUGUCAGUAUUCUACGAAAUGUCCAUGGCGGCAUCCAUUAAUCUUCACAAAAAUAUGUUUCGUUGCAUUAUUCGCACUCCAAUAACUUUCUUGGAUAUGAAUCCAAUAGGUAUUUUUAAGGAUGACGAUACAACUUUGAAAGCAAUAUCACUUGAUGUACAGGUUGGAGAACUGUUAGUUGUUGUUGGUUCUAUUGGAUCGGGAAAGACAUCUUUGUUGAUGACAAUCUUGGGAGAAAUUCCUAUUUGUUCUGGAAAAGUAAUAGUAAAUGGAAAAAUCGCUUAUGCCUCCCAAGAAGCCUGGUUAUUCAACGGUACUAUCAGGGAAAAUAUAUUGUUUGGCGGCGAAUAUCGAGAAGAUAAAUAUAAUGAAGUUUUAUAUAUAACAGCACUCGAAAAGGAUAUUAGUUUAUUUCCUAAAGGAGAUCUGACACGCGUAGGAGAAAGAGGGACCACAAUGAGUGGUGGCCAAAAAGCUCGAAUUAAUCUAGCAAGGGCAUUGUAUCGGGAUGCCGACAUAUUUAUUCUAGACGAUCCGUUAAGUGCUGUUGACACGCCGGUAGCAAAACACAUAUUCGAAAAGUGUAUAAUGAAAUAUUUAUCAAAUAAAAUAUGUAUUCUUGUUACGCACCAAAUUCAUUUCUUACAAUACGCAACCAAAAUUUUAGUAUUAAAACAGGGAAACUGUGCAGCGUUGGGCGACUACAACAAAAUCAUGAACUCGGAAAUCAACUUGGGAAUUUCGGCAAACGAUGAAAAAUAUACUCAAAAAGAGAUGGCUGAAGAAGAAUUACUUAAUACAAAAGAUGUAGAUAUUUUUCAUAGCGUUGAAAUUGAAAACACCGCCAAUCACGUGAAAGAAAAUGUUAAAGCAACAAAAGAAAAUGAAGAAAAGUCAUUUAAAUCGUUGGGAAUAUCUGUGUACAAAGCAUACGUUGAUGCCGGAGCUAAUUCCUUCUUCAAAAUUAUAAUAUUGUUUUUCUUAAUUGUAUCUCAAGCUGUUACGAAUGGUGGCGAUAUAUGGCUCUUAAAAUGGAUUAAAGAUGAAACGGCGUUUAUUGAUACAAAAAAUAUAGAAAACUUUACACUAGCAGUAAACAACAGCAACGAAACCGGGGGUGAAGAUUUUCUUCAUAGACGUGAAAUUAACGUUUAUGUUUAUGUUGGACUGAUAUUCGGAUUGUUAGUCGUGACUUUUAUUUCCGUGUCAGUAUUCUACGAAAUGUCCAUGGCGGCAUCCAUUAAUCUUCACAAAAAUAUGUUUCGUUGCAUUAUUCGCACUCCAAUAACUUUCUUGGAUAUGAAUCCAAUAGGAAAGAUAAUAAAUCGGUUUUCGAAGGAUAUGAUGAGUGUCGACGAAGUGUUAUCAUACUUGUUUCAGCAUGUAAUAAGGAUGAUCGCUCUUCUUCUUGGAAUAUUCGUUGUUGAAGCAAUCAUUAAUCUUUAUCUGCUGAUAUUUACUGUUAUUCUAACGAUUGUAUUUUAUUUCCUAUGGACGUUCCACACUCGAGCGUUAAAAAGCAUAAAAUAUUUGGAAGGAAAAGCAAGAAGUCCCGUAUUUUCUCAUCUUAGCGCAACACUUUACGGAUUGACCACCAUCAGAGCUUUCAAAGUAGAAAACAAUUUCAAAAUUGCAUUUAAUGAGUUUCAAGAUAAACAUACAGCUACGUGGUUUCUUUACGUAGCAUUAAAUAGUUGGAUUUCAAUAUAUGGUGAAUUAAUUUGUUUUAUAAAUCUUCUAAUUAUUAUCGUUAUGUUGGACGUGAUGAAACCCACAGAAAAUGCAGGAAGCAAAGUUGGACUGGCAUUAAAUUAUGGAAUAUUGAUGUUUUUAUAUUAUCCGUGGCUUGUUAGACAAACGUCUGAGAUCGAUUACCAAAUGAAUUCUGUUUCACGUAUACUGAAUUACAGCAAGCUAAACUCAGAAGCGGCAUACGAGUCUUCUCCUGAUAAACAGCCACCCCUCGAAUGGCCCAAGAGAGGAGAAAUUAAAUACGACAACGUUUCCUUACAAUAUUCAAAGGAUAAACCAGCAGUUUUAAAAGAAUUAACAUUUCACAUUAAUCCAGGGGAAAAAAUAGGAAUUGUUGGACGAACAGGAGCAGGAAAGAGUUCUCUAAUAGCGGCUUUAUUCCGUUUGAUAGAACCAACAGGUAAAAUUACAAUCGAUGGAAUUAAUACUAAAGACAUCGGUCUUCGAGAUCUGCGCAGCAAAAUGUCAAUAAUUCCACAAGAUCCGGUAUUAUUUACCGGUCCUCUGCGCAGAAACAUCGAUCCUUUUAAUGAAUACUCAGAAGAAAUCUUGUGGCAAGUAAUAGAAGAGGUACAAUUAAAACAAGUGGUUGGAAAAUUACCUGGAGGACUGGAUACAAUUUUGAUGGAAGGAGGGCGUAAUUUUAGCGUUGGUCAAAGACAAUUGAUAUGUCUAGCCAGGGCAGUUCUUCGUCAAAACAAUAUUCUUGUAUUGGAUGAAGCAACAUCGAACAUGGAUAAAAUCACGGAUUCUUUAAUACAGAAAAUCAUUCGGGAAAAAUUCAAAUUGUGUACAGUAUUGACAAUAGCUCAUCGACUGAACACCAUUAUUGAUUCAGAUAGAGUGCUGGUUUUAGAUGCUGGAGAAAUUCAAGAAUUUGACAAGCCGCAUGUACUGCUGAAUAACGUCAGGGGUAUUUUCUAUAACCUGGUUAUGAAAACGGGACGAACAUCAAUGAAACAACUUUGCGAAAUUGCUAAAGAUGAAUAUUUCUUAAAGGAGAGUGUUCUAAAAACGAAAUUAUAAAAUAACUGAUCUACGUUCUGUUUGCUUUAGGAGUGGCUACUCGAGAAAUUAACGUAAUUUAAUAGAUUUUUACACAGGUCGUAUUAAUGAAAGGGAUUUCGUAUUUGUAUUUUAUAAAAAGUCAUUUAAUUUAUAAUUUUU